AUGAAUACGAGAGAAAUAGUAGAAUAUGAAUUGUAAUAAAUUAAGGAUAACAGCCGAAAGUAUCCUUUAUUGUAGAAAGUAAGAUCUUCACGUCUAUUCACUUCAAGGUUUUUGAAUCAAAUCUCUCAGAAUUAAAUACUCAUACUUUAUUAUAGCAAUUAUUGCCCUUGUUAGUCAGCUCAAAAAAUAAUAAAUUAAUCUCAUAAGGAAUAGGACUUAUUUAGAAAUUGCAGCAUUAGCUUUAAUUAACUACAGUAUUAUCAAUAUAUUAUUAGAAUGAUCUUGAUAUCAUAAUUGAAUAUUUUAAUAAUUCAAAAUCUUAACAAGAUGAAACAAUAGAUAUCAGACUAGUCUCAACUUUAAUUCAUAUUAUUGGUCCAGAUGUAAUUGAUUUUACAAAUCUUAAUCACAUUUUGAAGGUCUUAAAUUUGUUAAUAUAUUUUUCAUCUUCAGACAAUCCAAUAAUAGCAUAAUCAUCAAUUUAAGGCAUUCUUACACUUAGUAAUGUUUUGGAAGAAUUAUUAUAGAGUUAAUCAAAAAAUAUAAUAUUGCAAUCCUAUUUUGAAUUAUUAGAAUUAUUUUUUAACAUUUUUCAAGAUAAGGAGCAAUCAUCUAUUUAUGUGUCAAACAACUUAAUAUUAUGUAUUUAUCAUAUCUGAUUUCAAUCACUUUAGGUAAAGAUAUUUUCAUCAUAAUUCUGAAAUGUGGAAAAAAUUUACAAUAAAUCGAGAAAUUUCGUACUUUUUAUUUUGAUAAUCUUUAUACUUACUUAACCAAUAUUGAUUUAAUGAGAGAAUCAAAUAUAAUGAACAGUAAAUUGUAUUUAUAAAUUUAAUUAGAAAUCAAUAUUAUAAGAUUGAUAUUCACUUAUAUAUUAACUAUUGAGGAGAAAUUUGAAUUAGUUUCUCAAUUGAUGACUGUGUAUAGUAAAUUACAACAGUAUGAUUAAAGUAAAAUAGCUAUUCAUGAUGGCAUUUUAUGUCUAUAUUCAAAUCUUUCAAUAUUCAAAAAUUUAUUAACACGAUAGCCAUCUAGUAUCAUUUAUAAUGGUAAAAUUUAUUUAAUUAUUAUAAGAUUAUAAUGAAUUAAUAUUGAAAUCAAUUUAUUAACAUUCUCUAUUCGGAAUUAGAGAAUUUUAGACUUAAUAAUCUCCAAAGUAGAACAUUUUAAUAAACAAAUUAACAGCAUCUUACAUUGAUUGUAAUUUACAAAUGAUUCCAAAUAUAUUUGUUUAACAAAUAAGUAAUAUAAAAUACAUUAAAAAGUUAGAAACUUUAAUCUAGAUAAUUACUGAUAAUAUCUAAAAAUGUUUAUAACAAGAUGAGUGUUAGAAAGAAGGAAAUUGUUUAUUGUAAGAAAUUAGAAACUAAAGCAGACUUCUUUAGUCACAACUAUUUAAUGCAGAAAAUGAGGAUCAAAUUGCAGAUAUAUAAGAAACAGAAAGUGAUGAUAUUAAGUUUAGAACUUAAUUUGAUAAAUUAUGGCGACCUCUUCUUAGAAUUAUGAAAUAAAUACUAAGAAUAGCUAAUAAUUAAUAAUACAUUAAUUUAUUAGAAUAUUUAUCAUCUUGGAUAACACUUAGUUUAUAGUAAGAGUAAAUUAGCAGCUUUUAAUUAUUAAUCAGAUUUUUAGCUGCUUAAUCUGCUCCAUUAUCAUUAAAAUAUAUUGAAACAGAUAAAUGGUUAAUUGCAUGCAAAGUAUUUGAAGAAAUUCUUUAUAAUAAUGUAAAUUUAAUCACAGCAAAAACAUGGAAUCUUAUCUUCUAAACUUUACAAAGAAUAGAAUAAGUUGUUAUAAAAUCAAAAGAAAUAAAAAUGACUACAGAGAUCUUUAUAAGAAGUAAUUAAUAUAAAGAUGCAACAGUUUAUCAAAUGGUUGAUGGAUUAAAUUAAUUGGCACUUUAAGUUUCAGAAAGACUUUAAAUAAGUUAAAAAAAAAAUUUUGAUUCAAUUUAUAAAUCAUUUGCAAUAGAUAAGCUAUUACUCAUAAUUAAUAAUAAUUGGUAAAGAAUAGAUAUGUUAUGGACAAUUAUAGAUGCUUUGUAUGUAUGUCUUUGUAGUUCAAAAGUUAUGGAAAUGCGACUUAAUGCUAUUCAUACAUAUAAAGAUACUAUAUUUUCAGGAAUUGAAUAUACUAAAAAUAAUAAGUUAAAAUGGGGAGAUAAAUGGAUUCAACAUAUAUUAAAUCCAUUAUUGGAAUUAAUAUUACUACCAUAUGAUGAUGUUAUAGAAAAUAUUCUAUAAUUAAUAGCGACUUUAAUUAAAGAUCAUGUUAAGUAUUUACCUACAUAAGCAUUCUAAGUUUAUAUUUUAUUAAUUGAAGUUGUUUUAGAUGAUUUUUUUACCAAAGAAAUGGCUCAAUAAGAAUUAAGUCAAUAAGAACAUAAAUCUUUAAUUUUUAGAACAUAACUAUCAAUUUAUUGUAUGUCAGAUAUAAUAUUUAAUCAUAUUGAUUCAUUAGAUACUUCUUCAAUCUGUAAAUUAUCGAAAAUAUUGGUAUCUUUAAAUAAACAAGAAGAAUGUAAAAUUUUAUUAUAAAAUAAGUUAAUUAUGAAAUUACAAAUAAAAUUAUUUGUAUGACUUGGUAAGUUCAAGAGAAGCUUGUUAAAUUAGAGAUGAAGAAUUAGGAAUUUUGGUAAAUUACUUUGAAGUUAUUUAAAAAUUGUUUAGAUAAUCAAGAUGACUUAAAAUAUGCUUCAAUUCAUAUUUCAAGUUAAAUUUGUUCUAUAGCAAAGGAUUCUUAAUUCACAGAUUUAUUUUAAUUACUUGAAGAGUUAAUUCAGCAUUCUAUGGAAUAUUAUCUUAAAGUAGAAUAACAUUAGCUAUCCCUAAUUUAAUAGACACCUAGAUUUACAUAAUUACCUAUGGAAACUCCUAAAUUUUAAGGAUCAAUUAAAUAAAUGAUUUUUGAUAAAUCAACAUCCUUAUAAUUAUUUAAGUAAUAAUUUGAAUUAGUGAAAUUGUGUAUUUCAAAAAUUACAGAUGUAAUUAUUAACAAAUAAUUAUAUCCUAAAUUUUAUUAUUAUUUGCAAUUGUUUAAUUAAGCAUAAUGUGUUUAUGUAAAGCAUGAGAUAGUUUUGGCUUGUUAAAGAAUAAUACAAUCAAAUUAAGAUAAGUAGCUAUUGUUAGGUUCUAUAGAUUUUCUAAUCACACUAAUUAAUUAUGAAUAAACUUUAGAUAUGGAAGAUAUUUAAUAUUAUUUUGAAAAUAGAACUUUCUAGAUAUUUUGUGAUGUAAUAAAAUUAACUAUUCCAAUAAAUCAUAAGAAAGGUUUACAUGCACUCUAAUUGCUUUUUAAUUUUUUAUGUCAAGAUUCAGCUAUUUAACUUUUUAAUGAUGAUACCAAUAUAUUCAAAUAUUAUUAUAGAUAAUGUUGUUAAUUUGAUAAUAUUGAAGAGGAAUUAAUUGCUGAAUGGAUGCACUUUAUAAAUUAAUAAAUAUCUUAAUUGGGAAUUGUAACAAAACAUCAUUACUUUAUUGAGUUUCUAAUUAAUUGUUUUGAGGCGAUAAUUAGUAAAAGGCAAUUGAAUUAAAAUGAUUUAAUUGAGGCUUAUAAAUUUGUAGGUGUUUUGAAUGGUUUUUUAAAUGUAAAGAUUAAUUUAUUAAAUAUAAUAGAAAUGCUAAAAAUUUAUAAAUGAUAAUUCUGAAAAAUUACAAUUAAUUUUGAUUACAAAACUCAAAAAUAUCAUUACAAUAAUUAUUCCAUUUUUAGAUUACAAUUAAAUUCAAAAGUUGUUUGAGCCUUUAAUCACAUCAUAAUUAACAAGUAUUAUUAAUUAUUAAAAUUAUUUAGUAACUAACAAAAGAACUCAAGAUUGGAUUACCUUUUUUAUAAAUGAUGAAUAAUAUUUAAAUGUUGAAUAAUAAGAUGUAGUAGUUUAAUUGUUUACUAAUUGUUAUAUAAAUAAAUUAAAGAUGUCCGAUUUAGAAACAUAAUAAUUAAUUAUAGUGAGUUUAGUAGGAUUUUUAGAGAUGGAGAAUUCUAUAGUAGAAAAGUUUUCAUUGUCUAUUCGAGUUCAUCUUUUAAACAGCAUUCAUGAAAAUUUAAAAGAAUUCUUGAAUGAAGAAAACCCAUCAUUUGAAAAAUAAUUUAAUAUAUAGCUAAUCUUAGAUUAUUUAAGUAGAUUAGAUAAAAAUGAUUUAAAGGAGUUUUAUUUAACAUUUGUAGAAAUGAUAAAAUGUGAGUAAUUAGAAAUAAGAACAAAACUAAUAACACUUCUUGGUAAAUAUUUUUGA